AUGAACAGAAAUCAGGAAACAGCUGAUCCGUCUGCGUAUAUAGAUGAAUUCAAUAUUCAAACCAUCGUGAAGGAUGCAAUCGCUGAGUUAUGCUCGAAGCAGCCACAGCGCCCACUUGCAUACUUGAGAGACUAUUUUGGACGACUGGAGCAAAUCUCGCUCAAUCGUUCCAACUCCAUGGACUCAACGACGUCAGCCGACUCAAGUGCAUCUCAGACGGAGGAAAUGGAGACCUGCCAGAUGAGAGAGAGUAGAACCCCGCAGAAAAGAAGAGGGGCGAUUUCCGCAGAAGUUUAUACAGAAGAAGAGGUGGCCAAUUACCAGAAAAAAGUGAUUCCGAAAGACUACAAAACGAUGUGUGCCCUAGAAAAAGCAUUCCAAAACAAUGCCUUACUCCGAUCUUGUGAUGAAGAGCAGCGAAGUGCCAUUUUUGACGCCAUGUUUGAGAAAAUUGUUUCAGAGGGGGAUAUCAUAAUGAACCAGGGCGAUAUCGGAGACAAUUUCUACGUAAUUGACAUCGGAGAGGUAGAAGUUCUCGUCAAUGGCCAGCACGUUACAAACAUAGGAGAAAAUGGAACCUUUGGUGAGUUGGCACUUAUUCACGGAAGAACACGAGCAGCGACAGUAAGAGCAAUAACGAAGUGUAAACUUUGGGCUAUUGAUCGCGAAAGCUACCGAAGAAUAUUGAUGAAUUCGCAUUUGAAGAAACGGGCUUUGUAUCAAGAAUUUCUAUUGAAAGUGAAAAUCCUACAGAAUCUCGAUGAGUGGGAAAGAAUGACGAUCGCGGAUGCUCUGGAAGAAGUGAUCUUUCAAGCAGGAGAAGAAGUUGUUAAGCAAGGCGACCAAGGCAACAAAUUCUACAUGAUCAUUCAAGGACAGGCAGAUGUUACACAGCAUGUAUCUCUUGAUGAAGAGGAAAAGCUCGUCGGAACACUUGGGCCUAGCGAUUAUUUCGGCGAAGUGGCAUUACUGUCAGAUCGACCGCGCGCCGCAACGGUGACAGCCAAGUCGACACUGAAAUGUGUUCGAUUGGAUAGAUCCCGUUUUGAACGGGUCCUCGGCCCUUGUGUCGACAUCCUCAAGCGAAACAUCAACAACUACAAAUCCUAUGUAUUUAUUUCUGUCUGA